GGAAGCAGCUUCCUCAGUAUGCUGUCUCUGGACGUCAUAGAGGACGUCUCUCCCCGCGUCCACCCCAGCCAGCUGAGUCUGGAGGAAAGAGAGAAGAGAAAGAGAGAAUAUGCAGAGGAAAGCUCGAGAAGAGAAGAGAAGAGAAGAGAAGAGAAGAGAAACGACAGAGACAGCAUCCUGUUUUCCCCUUCGACCUCAUAUAUCACUGCAGAAACUGAGAUCAAGACACUGAUCACAGAGCUGGAGGAUGCAGUUCUGGUUGGUCUGCAUACAUGUGGAGAUUUGAUCCCCAGCACUCUGCGGAUGUUCAGGGCCAAACAGGAGCUGUGUGCUGUUUGCAGUGUGAGCUGCUGCUACACCUGCUCUCUGAAGAGUUUGAUCAGGACAGACAGGGCUCUGGAGAGAGUGUCUGCUGGAGGAGAGCUGCCUAUGGAGUCACUUUUUUAUCGGACGGUUCUUCAUGUGUUUUUAUGGGAUUACUAUGAUUCCUUUUAAAGCUAUCUGACAGUGAUAUUCAGAGCUAUCAUGAACACUACAGUCCCAGAAUGAAUGAGAUGGUGGCUUUUAACAUGCUGAUUGAAAGUCACUUUGGCUCUGUGUAUAGAGGGUCUAAUCCUCCUUGAACGACUUUGCUACUUGAAAGAGCAGGUAACAAACCAUUUGUAGGACAGAUAGCAGUACUUGUCCAUUUAACCCUCUGCUGUAUGUUUAUCCCUUACAUUUGUGCAUGUUAAGAUGUUUAAUCCUCAUAUAAUUAGAGAAGUGUGAGGGGCUUUUUGUUUCAGGCUUUACUUCAGGAGAACAACACAGUUUGCGCAAGUCAACAACUUACUCUCACAGCAUUUAUACAAACAGUCUUUAGCCACAUAAAGCAGAUCCAAAAUAGUCACCCAAAAACUUUUUUUUUUUUAAGAUUUCUAACUUACAGGAGUUCAGAGGUUUUAAGUUACAUGUCCAUUUCCUUCUUGCCCACCAGGCUUUGAACAUAAAACCUCAAACCUCCUCGUGACAACAGUCAGGAGUGUCAGACUCAGCCCUCUGUGAAGAACAUUAGACUGAAACUUUAGGGCAUGACAGAAUGAUUUUGUUUAUACUCACAAAACAGUGACAGCAAGUUUCUGUGGGAUCAAUUUUUACGUGAUCUUACAGGGGUCACUUAUCAGUCGUGUAAUGUAAAGCAAGUAAAACCUCCCCAAUAUCAGAUCUUUGUAGAAAAGCAGCAUAAAAAGUACAACCCUACACCUAACUGUCAGUUUUGCAUAAGCAAAUCGUAUGAAAAUGCACAAAUUAGAUUUCGUAUUCGUAUAAAUUAUCAACCAAUUUGCCAAAACAUGCAAUAAUUCUGAAUUAUCGUAUAAAGUAUUUUUGAACUUGAGUGCCUCAUUGCAAGGUGCAACAUUCAACUAUGACAGCUUUGUGCUUUUAAGAAACAAUUAAAAAAGCAGUGCAGUUGAGUGCAAAACUGCAUUCUGUGUUAAUGGCCUCUUAUGAUUUUUGAAUGCUACUUUUCUUUGCUGUUUUAGCUGUGUGGAUGUCCAGGCCCUGGCAGGUCUGUGUGAGAAUGAGAUGAAGAAGGAAACAAAGGGAGAAGUCAAUGGGGAGCCAUUUAAGCUUCCAGACAUCAGAGGAAGCAGGGAGGAACAAGAUGUUCUUCAAGUUCUGUUAUUUCUCUCUCACUGUAUGCUCUAUGCAUCAUGGGCCUCAAUCAAAAAAAAAA